GUCGGUCCGGAGCGGGCGGAUCAUGGAGGACAGCGGGGAUUGCCACUCCAAAGCAGACGCAAUGAACACCGCUUCUACCCGGGCCUAGACUCUCCUAUCCCGGCAUAUAGCCAUUACGCACGGCUGCCAAAACCUAUCCAAGCCCCCCUCCCUCCCUCCAUCCAUCCAUCUCCGCCUCGCACGCGCUUCAGAUAACAGAUAACAGAUAACCAACGCUUGCUUCAACAUCUGUAAAUGCUUUCGAACAAUUUUGGUUUAUCAUCGUGACAAAAUGACCCGCGGGGAUGUGAGCGCGCACGGACAAAGACGCAGACUCUUGUUCGUUCACGUUUUCCUCGCGCUGAAUUUGGGGACGUGCACGGCGCAGGAUGCAGCCGCACAGCCCCAGCACACCCCCCCUCAGUAUGAAGUGGUCUACCCCAGCCGAGUUGACGCCAAAGGUCACUUCCUGUCCCACUUCCUGUCCCAUCAUGCUCCCAGACUACAUCGUCGAGCGGCUCCGGAGGAGGCAGAAGAUGGAGUGGACACAGGGGACAGAGUGGACACAGGGGACAGAGUGGGCAGAGUGGACCUGGACAGUGUCUUCUAUCAGGUGCAACACAGCGGACACACCCUGCGCUUUAACCUGACCCUAAACCCUCACCUGCUGGCCCCUGCGUUCCUAAGCGAGAGGAGGUAUGGCGGCCUGGAUGGGGCCAAACUUCAGCCGCCCUCUGCUGCGCGUUGCCACUACCUGGGAGACGUCUGGGAGGAAGACACGGUCAGAGGGAGAGCAGCCAUCAGCACCUGCAACGGCCUUACAGGAAUGUUUAAGUUUUCUGAAGAGGAUUUUUUCAUCGAGCCUCUGGAGCAGUCCGACCAGGGAGGGACCACAGCCCAAGCCCACGCCAUUUACAGCCACCAUGCCCCCUCUGCCCCCUCUGCCCCCUCUGCAGCUCCAGGUACCAGGGGAGCCAGCCACAAUGGACCGUGUGGGCUCAGAGUUUCCCUGGACAGAUUGGAGCGGCAGAGAGAACGCUGGGAGCAGCGGCAUCAGAGGAGGCACCGUAUCCGUCCACGAUCCGUCAGCUCUGAGCGUUGGGUGGAGACGCUGGUGGUGGCAGAUCACAAGAUGGUGGAGUACCACGGAAGCAAAGCUGUGGAGGGAUACGUCCUGGCUGUCAUGAACAUUGUAUCAGGUAUGUUCAGUGACGCCAGUAUUGGCAACGCCAUCAACAUCGUGGUGGUGCGUCUCAUCCUUCUGGAGCAGGAGGAGGAGGACUUAAAGAUCACACACCAUGCAGAUAACAGCCUCAACAGCUUCUGUAAGUGGCAGAAAGGUCUGAACCUGAAGGGAGAUGAGCACCCGCUCCACCACGACGUCGCCGUUCUACUCACCAGGAAGGACAUCUGUGCGUCGCUAAACUCUCCAUGUGAGACCCUGGGCUUGUCUCAUGUGGCGGGGAUGUGCCAGCCUCAUCGCAGCUGCAGCAUCAGUGAGGACACGGGUCUGCCUCUGGCCUUCACUGUGGCACAUGAGCUGGGACACAACUUUGGGGUCCAGCACGACGGCAGUGGGAAUGACUGUGAGCCUGUGGGGAAGAGGCCGUUUGUCAUGUCUCCUCAGCUGCUCUAUGGAACUACUUUGCCCAAGUGGUCCCCCUGCAGCCGGGAGUACAUCACACGCUUCCUUGAUCGUGGCUGGGGUUGGUGUCUGGACGAUUCUCCUGGACAGAACCUGCUUGCUGUGAGCUCGGUGCUGCCCGGAGUGCUCUAUAGCGCCCCCCAUCAGUGCCGCCUGCAGUACGGCUCCAGCUCCGCGCUCUGUCAGGACAUGGACGACGUGUGCAGUACUCUGUGGUGCAGUGUGGGGAAGACCUGUCACUCCAAACUGGACGGAGCAGUGGACGGGACGAGCUGCGGACCAGACAAGUGGUGCGUGACCGGACAGUGCGUGCCUGUGGGCCAGUAUCCCGAGAGUGUGGAUGGAGGCUGGGCUUCAUGGAGCGAGUGGUCGUCCUGCACCAGGACAUGUGGCUCCGGAGUGCAGAGCGCCCACAGGGACUGCACAAGCCCACUUCCCAAGCACAGGGGGAAGUACUGUCUUGGUGAGCGGCGCAGGUACCGUCUGUGUAACCCAACCCCAUGUGUGGAGGAGACGCCCAGCUUCAGAGACCUGCAGUGCAGCCACUUCAACAGCCUGCCCUACAAAGGACACCUGUACAGCUGGGUGGCAGUCUACAACAGAGUCAGCCCGUGUGAGCUGCACUGUCGGCCUCUCGACCAGCACUUCUCAGAAAAGAUGAGGGAUGCGGCCGCUGAUGGAACUCCGUGCUACGAAGGUAGCAAAAGCCGAGAUAUGUGCAUCAAUGGGAUCUGUAAGAGUAUCGGCUGUGAUUUGGUCAUUGACUCCAGCGCUGAAGAGGAUCGCUGUGGAGUGUGCAACGGGGACGGCUCCACUUGUGCCACGGUCAUGAAGACUUUUGAGCAGAGCGAAGGACUUGGGUAUGUGGACAUUGGCCUGAUCCCAAAAGGCUCGUGGGACAUCCGCAUCGAGGAGGUGGCAGAGGCAGGGAACUUCCUGGCGCUACGCAGUGACAGCCCAAACAAGUACUUUCUGAAUGGAGCGUGGACCAUCCAAUGGAAUGGGGAUUACAAGGCAGCAGGGGCCGUGUUUAAGUACCAGAGGAGCGGGCAGCUGGAGAACCUCACCUCCCCGGGGCCCACCACUGAGCCGCUCUGGAUACAGCUUCUCUUUCAGGAGUCUAAUCCCGGAGUUCGCUAUGAGUACACCAUAAACCAGAAUGCCUCAGAGACAGAGUCAGGCUCCACAGGCUUCUACUGGAAACAUGGCUCCUGGAGCGAGUGCAGUGUCACCUGUGGCACAGGUGUGCAGAGGCAGGCGGUUCAUUGCGUGCACAGGACCAGGGGGAUCAUUGAGGAGCACCUGUGUGACCCCGAGAGCCGCCCGGAGACCAACCACAGCAGCUGUGUCAAAGAGCCCUGCCCUGCCAUGUGGUGGGUGGGGGAGUGGCAGAGGUGCUCCUCCAGCUGCGGGUCCCUGGGAGUCUCCCUGAGGGCCGUGCUGUGUGUGCGGGCGCUCAGAGCAGAGGAGCAGCAGGCCCUCCAGCCCAGCGACUGUGAGCACAUGCCCAAACCUGAGUCUGCCUCCCCCUGUAACACUCACGUCCUCUGCCCCUCCGCCUGGACCUCCGGCAACUGGUCACAGUGUUCUGUGAGCUGUGGCAGCGGCACACGAUGGAGAAACAUAAACUGCUCUAGAGACACAGGAGCCGACUGUGACCCUCAGAAGAGACCCCCCAGCCUGGGCACCUGCCACCUCCAGGACUGCCCCCCUCCGCAGGACAACUUCGACUGGUCCGGGAGCGGCGGCUGGUCCAGCAAAGACGUCCUCAACGAAAUCAACUCCAUCCCGGAAAUCAAACCGCCUCCAAAGUACGCCACCACGAAAGCCCAGCCCAAAACCCACCCGGACGUGAAUGACAUCAUCGAGGGCGACUUCCACUACCACAACAACAUAGAAAGUACAGAUAUAUCUCAGGAAAAACGCGUUCAAGUCGACGAUUUUUACUACGAUUACAACUUCAUCAACUUUCACGAGGACUUAUCUGCUGACAAUGACUUCGAGGGGGACGGAAAAUACUCAGGGAAUGAAGACUUACCUCUAAAACCAGAAAGUGUAGCGGUAACAAGUCUUCCUACUUCCGCUCCUUCCACACAAACACCUACACGCUUCACUUAUAAUGACAUACAGCAGGGCACAGACACAGACAACACCAAGGUCAGUGUCCUCGUCUCCACAAAGAAUCCUAUUGAAAAAGCAGAGGAUAACAUGGAGGACUUUCUAGCAGAAGAUUAUCUCCUGCCAGUUUACACCACCCACUCGCCUCCAUUGUCCACAACAAAUCACCCACAAAGUCAAAAAGGUGAAGACACAAUAGUUACAAAGCCGGCAAAGGUGCGUUUACAAGACUCAGAUGAAUAUGGUCUGGAAGUGCAGGAUAACUUUGAGGUUGGCACAGUGUCAAGGCAACAAGCAACUUCUCUACCUGGAAUAACAGCGACAACAACUACUAACGUCAUGCAAGAAACUAAGAGUGGUCCCUACAUUUCCCAAUCCCCAACUCUCGACACUAUACGACAAGUUACAGAACAUGGAUCUCUACGGGUAACUAAUUCAAACUAUGAAAACUUUGAAAAUCUUGGUGCAAUCCCUUCUUCUGAAACAGUUCAAGGAAAAGAACUACCUCUCGGAAAACUGGCUAGUACGCGUCAGCCAGACUCCAUUCCAACCGGAAGAUAUUCGGAGGAUUUUGUUGGUGUUGAAUACAGUGAAAUUCCUUACAUCUCGACAACAACUGGGAAGGCUUACCCGGACAUUUCACAGCAGUAUCCCACAGCAACGGCAGCUACGGUUGUAACGGAGCCAGAGCUGAGAGAAUAUGCAACACCUGCUACUUGGUUUUUGUCGCUCUCUCCGUCCAAGGCACCACAAGCUAAUGCCUACUGGGUUCCCGGAAACUGGAGUGCGUGCUCGACCAGCUGUGGCCUGGGUGCAGUCUGGAGGUCACUGAGCUGCAGCACAGGUUCUGAGGAAGACUGUGACCCAGCAAAGAGGCCUGCUCCUGCCCAGAGGUGCUACCUGCGGCCCUGCUCCACCUGGAACCUCGGACCCUGGAGCAAGUGCUCUCAGAGCUGCGGAGGUGGAGUGAGAGUGAGAGAGGUGCAGUGUUUCGACAUGAGAGACGCCCGACCAUUGCGACCAUUCCACUGCAGAGCCACGGCCCCGCGGCCCCCCUCUCAGACCCCCUGUAAUCUGCAGCCCUGCCUGGACUGGUACACGUCCUCCUGGGGACAGUGCUCGGAGGUGUGUGGUGGUGGGCAGCAGCAGAGGAUCGUCACCUGUCCAGAGGAGGACCAGUGUGACCCAGACCAGCGGCCGGAGCAGCUCCAGAGCUGCAACAGCCAGCCCUGUGCACAGUGGCUCACCGGCUCAUGGGGGCAGUGCUCGGCCUCGUGUGGGGGAGGACUCCAGCAUCGCCUCAUCAAAUGUGUGGACACUAGAGAGGAGUCGGUGCAAGAACUGGAACCAUCUCACUGCAGCCAGGAGCUCCAGCCCAACAGCACUAGGAAGUGUCAGCUACAGGAGUGCAAGAGCGCCCCCACUGGAGCUGUUUGUCUGCGCGACCGACUCACCUCUCGCUUCUGUCAGACUCUGCGCUGGUUGGGUCGCUGCUCUCUGGCCAACGUGAGGACCCAGUGCUGUUGGACGUGUAGCCUGCGCCCACGCACACUUCAGAUAGGCAGCAAGCAGACAGCAGCUAACCCAGGCACCGGACCCCCACGGCCCCAACAUACAGCAGCUGACCCAGGAACUGGCACCCAAGAGCCACAGCCGAGAGGACCACUCAGGUGAAGACAAAUCAAUUCUUCAGUGGAAGAUUUAUGAAAGAAUUUGUUAUUCAAAAAGAAUGUACAAAGUUUUUUGCACUUGAAUACUACUAACAGGGCUGUUUCUAACUUUGUGGUCAGCCUACACAAGACAGGGAUUGGGGGCCUAGUUUGUCAGAGUGCAACAGAGUGCAAC